UAGCUACGGUGUCUUUUCAACCUUAUUUACUGCAACGUUGAUAUGGCAGUUUAGAAUUCUCACACUGUCUGCCUCUAAUUUCUUUUUCCAGAUUUUAUAAACUCAAGACAUUCGUUAUCGCUGUUCAUUGUGCACUAUCUUUUUAAUUAAAUUUGGGUGGAUAGUGUGCGCCUGCUGGGUCGCAAGCUCAUUUUUUCUUUGUUUUCUUUUUCGAGAAAGAGCUGAUCAGCUCCCUUAACUCACACUACUUUGCAUACAAUGCCAGCACACAAAGCAGCUACUGGCUGAACUCAAACUACUACAUUUGGCAAUAGUUGUAUUUAAAAGAUGUUCGAUCCAACAAUUACUGAUUGAUUAGUUUGACCAGUUCAUAUAGUCGGUCGAUCACAACUACUCGAUGGUUCUUCAAUCUGGUAAUUUAUUCGAAUCUUAUCGAAGGAUUUACUUUUGCAAGAAUUCCAGCCACUCGUUUGAGCGUCACAUUUGUAGGGUAGUAAUGCAACCGUUAGAUGAAACGGACAACGUAAAAGUAGCCGUGCGGUGCCGGCCAAUGGAUAAAAAAGAAAUAGCAAUGAACUGCCAGUCUGUGAUUUCGGUGAGUGAAUUGGAUGGAUGUGUAAUAUUAAAGCGCACGAGUUCAUGUGAUGACCCUCCGAAACAAUUUACUUUCGACCUUGUUUUCGGUUGUGGAAGUAAACAAACUGAUAUUUACAACAUGGUAGCGAGACCAAUUGUUGAUAAAGUUUUAGAAGGAUAUAAUGGAACUAUAUUUGCUUAUGGACAAACAGGUACUGGAAAAACAUUUACAAUGGAAGGGAUCAGGUCCGAACCAGAACUGAGAGGUAUUAUUCCAAAUUCAUUUGCCCAUAUAUUUGGGGCAAUCGCAAAAGCUGAUGCGAAUACGAGAUUUCUGGUUCGUGUUUCAUAUCUGGAGAUAUAUAAUGAAGAGGUUAGAGAUCUUCUUGGAAAAGAUCAAUUUGCACGUUUGGAUGUUAAGGAGAGACCAGAUAUUGGUGUGUAUGUUAAAAAUCUAUCUUCGUUUGUUGUACACUCCCCAAAUGAAAUGGAUAAAUUGAUGUCAUUUGGAAACAAAAAUCGUGUAACUGGUGCAACUAAUAUGAACGAGCAUAGUUCACGUUCACAUGCAAUUUAUACAAUAACGAUUGAAUGUAGCGAACAUUCGGAGAAGAAUAAAACAUUACUUCGUCAAGGGAAACUACACUUAGUUGAUUUGGCUGGAUCUGAAAGACAAGCAAAAACUGGUGCAACUGGAAAACGUUUACAGGAGGCGAAUAAGAUAAAUUUAUCGUUAACUACAUUGGGUAAUGUGAUUUCUGCAUUGGUCGAUGGUAAAUCAACACACAUACCAUACCGUAAUUCCAAAUUAACCCGACUAUUACAAGAUUCACUAGGUGGAAAUUCUAAAACUGCUAUGAUAGCAAACAUAUCACCAGCCGAUUAUAAUUUUGAUGAAUCAUUGAGUACAUUAAGAUAUGCGAAUCGGGCAAAAAAUAUAAAGAAUAAAGCGAAGAUAAAUGAAGAUCCAAAAGAUGCAAUGCUACGUCAAUUCCAAAAAGAAAUUGAACAACUCCGUAAACAGUUGGAAGAAGGUGGCAUACCUUCAGACCCAAAAAAUGCGGAAGAACAAGAUAGUGAUGAUGACGAUAAUAAUAAUAAUAAUAAUGAAAAUGGUACGAUCGAUCACAAUGAUCGAGAAAACAGAUUGAAGAAAUCAAAAGGAAAUACAGUAAAACUGAGUAAACAAAAAAUGGCUGAAAUUCAGCGUAUGAUUGAAGCUGACAGACGUAAGUUAGAAGAAGAGAAAGAUAUGGCUAUAGAGGAACGAAACCGUAUUCAGAAACAUCUUGAGACCAAAGAAAACGAAUUAAGACAAGUUGAAGCAACUCGUAAUAAUCUAACAAAACGUAUGGAAGCAUUACAAAGUCGUAUAAUUGUUGGAGGUGAAAAUUUAUUAGAAAAAGCUGAAAUACAAGAAAAAUUAUUAGAAAAAUCAGCGACUGAAUUACAAAAACAACAAUUACGUGCGGAACAAUUACAUCAAAAAUUAAAAGAAAAAGAGGAAGAACGUAUCAAUAUUGAAGAAAAAUAUAAUAAUCUACAGGAAGAAGCUGCGGGAAGCGUAAAAAACUACGUAAAUUAAGUACAAUAUAUUUGCAAGCCAAGUCGGAACUUGAAGAUCUGAAAAAUGAACGCGUUCGUGAUAUGGAAGGCUUAGUAGAUAAUAUACGUCAAUUGGAAAGAGAAUUGGCUCGUUAUACUCUAAUCAUCGAUCGAUUUAUUCCACAAUCAUACCAAGCUCUCAUUGAACAAAAUGUACAGUGGAACGAGGAUAUAGGUGAAUGGCAAUUAAAAUGCGUAGCGUACACAGGAAAUAAUAUGCGAAAACCUGAAAAGCAAACACCCGAACCUCCGAUCGAUCUCGCACACGUGUACUUGAAAUAUACGGACGUAUCGAAUUCAGAACCGGGCCACAAGAAAACUAAACCAACUAGAAAAUAAAACCUCUUCCC